AUGUUAAUACUUCUACUAUCUCUGGUGGCCGUGGCGCGUGCGCAGUACCAUCACUUUGGCGAGCAGCUUCAGACAUCCCACGGCUCCGACUGCGCCCUUCUCUUGGCCGGACCCGGUCGCUCCUCCGUCUACGACUACAAUGUGAAUCUAUUCCGCGGCACUUUAAAUCCGUAUAACAAUGGACCGGGAACUUGCAUCACCUACGAUGCCAUCAACGCCGCCUACUUGGAUGCACGCAAGCGAAUUCAUGUGGCCCAGCCAAAGUCGGACUGGAAGCCAGAGGAACUGGCCACUGUGGGCGAGCUGCUGCUCGACAUUUCCAUCCAAUUGGCCCGCACUUAUGGCUUGUCCUAUGAGGAGAUCGAGAAGGGACUGCCCACCAUUGACACAUCCAAGACCCUGAUCCGUGAGGUUUGUCCACCCUUCUUCGCCGGCGUAGAGUGUCGUCCGGGGAAGUACCGCCGCUUCGAUGGCCUCUGCAACAACAUCGAACACCCCACCUGGGGGGCAGCCAAUGCUCCAUUCCAGCGCCUGAUUGGACCGCUUUAUGCGGAUGGUAUCAACGCACCCAGGAUCUCAGUAACUGGCCGAGAUUUGCCCUUCUCGCGUGUGGUCUCCCGCACCAUGCAUCCCGACGACGGUUACCACGAUCAUGCCGGCACUGUGAUGGUCAUCGCCUGGGGCCAGUUCAUGGAUCACGACUUUACGCUCACAGGAACGCCACUGGAUCCCAUUAACCGCAACGACCCCGAGGAGUGCUGCAAGCGGCCAAUGCAUCUGAAGCAUCCGUACUGCAACGAGAUCCGCGUGCCCGAUGAUGAUUACUUCUACCGUCUGUUUAAUGUCAAGUGCAUCGAUUUCGUGCGCGGCUUCCCCUCACCGCGACCAGGCUGCAAAUUAGGAUCCCGUCAACAGUUCAAUACCUUGACCGGUGUCAUCGAUGCCAAUACAGUUUAUGGAGUGAAGGAGGCCUUUGCUAGAAAACUGCGAACUGGUUACGGCGGCCUGAUGCGUAUGAAUCCCGUGUUCCAGGAGUAUGGCUUGAAGGAUCUACUCCCCCUGAAGCUGGACAUUCCGGACGAGGGAUGCACGCGACCCAACAAGAGCAUGUACUGCUUCGAGGGAGGCGAGAUCCGUGUAAAUGAGCAGCUGGUGCUCACUUGCAUGCACACCCUAAUGGCUCGGGAGCACAAUCGCCUGGCCACCGGCCUGUCCCAGAUUAACAAGCACUGGGACGACGAGACCCUUUUCCAGGAGGCCCGACGAAUCAACAUUGCCAUCGUCCAGCAUGUGACAUACAACGAGUUCCUGCCUAUUCUGCUGGGCAAGGAGGUGAUGGAGAAGUUUGGCUUGGUUCUGCAGAAGGAUGGCUACUGGGAUGGCUAUGACUCGGCAGUGAAUCCCGGCAUCAUUGACUCCUUUGCCGGAGCAGCCUUCCGCUUUGGCCACUCCCUGCUGCCCACAGCGGUGGAGCGGUGGUCCAAGGCCCAUAAGUUCAUUGCCUCAAAGCGACUGUCGGACCUCAUUCGCAGACCCUACGACCUGUACCGCGCCGGAGUCCUGGACGAGUACUUCAUGGGCCUGAUGAACCAGGUGGCCCAGGCCAUGGACGACUCGAUCACGCAGGAGGUGACCAAUCAUCUCUUCAAGAAGGAAGGAGCCCGCUUCGGCAUGGAUCUGGUUUCGUUUAAUAUGCAACGUGGUCGUGAGUUCGGCAUUCCCGGUUAUAUGGAGUUCCGCAAAUUCUGCGGACUGCCCACCUCGAACACCUGGGACGAGAUGUAUGGCUCCAUGCCCAAUGAGACGGUUCUGCGUUAUGGCAGUAUAUUCGAACACCCUGCUGAUAUUGAUCUUUGGUCUGGCGGCGUCUCGGAGAAAUCCCUGCCUGGCUCGAUGCUGGGACCGACCUUUGCCUGUGUCAUUGCCACCCAGAUGAGUUAUCUCCGUCGAGGUGAUCGCUUCUGGUAUGAGCUGCCCAAUCAGCCAUCCUCCUUCACUCCAGAGCAGCUGCAGGAGAUCCGCAAGGCGAAGCUGUCUCGCCUGAUUUGCGACAAUACCGACUUGAUUGAUACUGUGCAGAUCUAUCCCAUGGUCCUGCCGGAUCACGAAAUCAAUCCUCGAGUGCCCUGCAAGAGUGGUAUCAUUCCCUCAAUUGAUCUGACCAAGUGGGCAGACUUUGGCGGCCAUGGCGUAGAUCCCUCACUCUAUAACUACAUCAAUGAGAUACCGGACACGCUGCUGAACUUUAGGAAGUAACUGCCAUUUGUGUUUUCCACGUUUCGUUCAACAAUCUCGAUUCAUUUUUUUUGGCCUCCACCGUCUGUAUCUGUAACUUCCGUCUUGGGACGUCCUGUUCUAUCCUUUUUCACACUGCUUAGUCUCCUUACUAGUCUGUGCCCACCUCCACUCCCCGCCCAUAAAGCACUUCUGUAGCCAGUCAGUAGUUAGUCUUGACACUGCCAUUCUCUCCAGAGCUCUUUCCAGCAUUUCCGUGCAUGACCCAUACAUUCUCUGUAUAUAUUAUUAUUAAAUAGCAGA